AUGAGAUCGGCAACUGUACUGAGAAAGGCCGGUGAACGAGCUUUGAGCAACAGGUGGAGCGCCAUCCAUAAUGCCUUGCCCUUAUCGCACUUCCUCACUGAUAACUACGGAAGAAAGCACAACUAUCUGAGGAUAUCGAUCACGGAGAGGUGCAAUCUGCGAUGCCUCUAUUGUAUGCCUGAGGAAGGUGUGCCGUUACAGCCCGACUCCCAUAUUCUUUCGAGAGAUGAGAUCAAACAGCUCGCAUCGAUCUUCGUGUCACAAGGCGUGGACAAGAUACGACUCACCGGCGGUGAGCCCACGGUUAGACGUGACAUUGUUGAGAUUGUCCAGGAUCUGAAGUCCUUGGGGGUCAAGGAGCUCGGGAUAACGUCGAAUGGUAUUGCGCUGCACAGGAAGCUGCCGCUGUUGGUUGAGAGUGGCAUCACUGCGCUGAACUUGAGUCUUGAUACACUUCAGGACGGGAAGUUCAUGACCAUUACCCGAAGAAAUGGGCUGAACCAGGUGCUGAAGUCCCUUGAAAGGGCGUUGGAGCUGGGAAUCAAAGUGAAGCUGAACUGUGUUGUGAUCCGUGGUGUCAAUGAAGAUGAAAUCCUAGCGUUUGUGAAGUUGGCACAGUGGUGGCCCAUAGAGGUGAGAUUUAUCGAGUACAUGCCGUUUGAUGGUAACAAAUGGGAGCUGAACAAAGUGAUAUCGUACAAAGAGAUGAAAGAGUUAAUUCUGCAGAAGCAUCCAUUAAUGGUGCAUAGAGACCACAAGUCAGGUGAAACAGCAAAGGUGUUCAAGUCGCCUGACUGGGUGGGUUCUGUUGGGUUCAUCACUUCAAUGACAGACGACUUUUGCAGCGAUUGUAACAGGCUAAGACUCACGUCUGAUGGGAACUUGAAAGUGUGUCUAUUUGGUAAUGAAGAAGUUAGUCUUCGGGAUAUGAUAAGGUCAAACGUUCCAAAGGACGAGAUCUUGGAGGUUAUUGGGGAGGCUGUGAAGUCCAAGAAGGAAAAGCAUGCAGGACUAGACGAGUUAAAGACCAUGAAGAAUAGACCAAUGACACUGAUUGGUGGUCACAAGUUGACCCAUUUGAAUGAGAAAGGUGAAGCCCGAAUGAUUGACAUUACUGAGAAGCAAGUGACGUCCAGAAUGGCAAUCGCUGAAGGGUUCAUCAGGUUCAGUAACGACUUAUCCAUAGCCCAGAUAGAGGAUAAUUCAAACAAGAAAGGCGAUGUUAUUUCACUCACGAGAAUUUCGGGCUUAUCUGGUGUGAAAAGGACAUCAGAGCUGGUGAUACUAUGCCAUCCGUUACCCGUGACAAAGGCUUCCAUUUCCAUUGACGUUCUCCAAGAUAUAAACAGCAUCAGAGUGGAGUGUCAAGUGAAGUGCGAUGGGAAAACAGGUGUUGAAAUGGAGGCGUUGACUGGUGUCACGGUAGCGUUGCUGAAUGUUUACGACAUGUGCAAAGCUGUUGAUAAACAAAUGGUUAUUGAAGGCAUAGAAGUUGUUGCAAAGAGAGGAGGCAAGAGUGAUUAUGGAAGUGCCCUUAUAGAGAAGAGCAAGAUGUAA